GAGCACACUCUCUGUCCUCUCUGACGUGACGGGUAUUGUUGAGGUUAACUUUGAGAAUUUAUUCAUUUGUUGUCGCAUGCAUAUUGAGGAAGUAGAAUAAAUAGAGCAACCGCUCACUAUCAUGUAUAACGAUGAUAUUGACCGUCUGGACGACAGGUACGACGACUAUGGACGGGACGAUUACUCCUAUGGCAGGGACGAAUACCGCGAGGUACCUGAUGUCGUUCGAAAGUUCCUGGCUUACUUGCGCAAUUGCAUCAACGAGGGUAUGAUAUUCGAGAUUCAGAAUCUCUACGAAAACACCUUUCCCAAGCUCUCAGAGCAAUAUUUCGACAAGUCACCGUGGCCCAACGAGCAGGCCAUUAUUGACAUCGUCGGCGAGGACCAUGUCUUCGUUAUUCUGUACAUGGAGCUCUACUACCGUCACAUCUACGCUCGCAUGAAGCCGAAUCUCGAACAGAGGUUCAAUUCAUUCUACAACUAUUGCGAGCUCUUCAAUUACAUCCUGAACUCUGACAAGCCUGUACCCCUCGAGCUGCCUGACCAGUGGCUGUGGGAGCUCAUUGAUGAGUUUGUGUAUCAGUUCCAGACCUUCACGCAGUACAAAGCCAAUAUCUCGUCCAUGACUUCUGAUGAAAUGAACGAGCUGGCCAAUAACAGCAAAGUUUGGGAUGUUCUUUGUGUACUCAAUGUGCUACACUAUCUGAUUGACAAGUCGAAAAUUAAGAGCCAGCUCGAAGUUUACGCCAGUGGUGGAGAUCCAGAGUCCGUGGCUGGGGUAUUUGGGAGACAUUCGCUGUAUAAAAUGAUGGGAUACUUUUCACUCGUUGGCCUCCUCCGAGUCCACUCCCUGCUUGGAGAUUAUUAUCAAGCUAUCAAGGUCUUGGAAAACGUUGAACUGUACAAAAAGAGUGCAUACUCUCAUGUGCCUGGAUGCCAAAUAUCAACAGCCUACUAUGUCGGAUUUGCUUACAUGAUGAUGAGGAGAUAUGCCGACGCUAUUAGGACGUUUUCUGGUAUUCUUCUCUAUGUACAACGUACCAAGCAGCUUUUUGUUCCAAGAAGCUACCAAAAUGACCAAAUUAACAAACAAACAGAGCAAAUGUAUAAUUUAUUAGCGAUAUGUUUGGUAUUGCAUCCACAGUGCGUUGACGAAGGUUUGCAGCAAGUUUUUCGUCAGAAUAGUUACAAAGAGAAGAUCUAUAAGAUGCAGUGUGGUGAUUUGGAGGAAUUUGAGAAUUGUUUCCAGUUUGCCUGCCCCAAAUUUUUAAGUUUGCACCCACCUAAUCCCUACUCCAACGAUGAUUACAUUCAAGAUGCAACUAAACACCAGACUCAUGUUUUCAUGGAGGAAGUUAUUCAACAAAAGAUGCUACCUACGAUUCGUUCUUAUCUGAAACUUUACACUACGUUGCCUUUGAGCAAAUUGGCUACUUUAAUGAUCAGCAAUCAGCAGAGUGAAAACAUCGACUUUAACGACGAAAUUGCCAAACUCACCAUUUAUCUUUUAUGUUUUAAACAUAAAAUGAAAAAUAUUGUUUGGACCAAAGGCGCAUCAGGAUUAGAUGGGAAAUUCCAAUCUGGUUCAGAGCUUGAUUUUUAUAUUGAUCACAAUAUGAUUCACAUCGCCGACACGAAAGUUGCUCGUCGUUAUGGAGAUUUCUUCAUUAUGAAAAUAUUAAAGUUUGAAGAACUCAACCGAAAACUACACCAUAUCAAGAUCUAAAAACUGUAAGCUUCAAACAAGAUUUACCAUGAAAAAAGAUUACAAUAAAACCAACUUUUUACU